CUGACGUGGACCAGCGGCCCAUCAACUACUGUGAAACUGGUCUCCACAACUGUGAUAUCCCCCAGCGGGCCCAGUGCAUCUAUAUGGGUGGCUCCUCCUACACCUGCUCCUGUCUGCCUGGCUUCUCUGGGGAUGGCAGAGCCUGCCAAGAUGUGGAUGAAUGCCAGCUCAGCCGAUGUCACCCUGAUGCCUUCUGCUACAACACACCAGGAUCCUUCACAUGCCAAUGCAAACCUGGAUAUCAGGGGGAUGGCUUCCAAUGUGUUCCUGGAGAGGUGGGGAAAACGCGAUGUCAACUGGAGCGAGAGCACAUUCUUGGAGCAUCAGGCGUGGCAGAUGCCCAACAGCCCAGGCUGCUGGGGAUGUAUGUACCCCAGUGUGAUGAGUAUGGACACUAUGAACCCACCCAGUGCCACCAUGGCACUGGCUACUGCUGGUGUGUGGACAGAGAUGGUCGGGAACUGGAGGGUACCCGUACCCAGCCUGGGAUGAGGCCCCCAUGUCUGAGUACAGUGGCUCCCCCUAUUCAUCAGAGACCUGUAGUACCUACAGCCGUCAUCCCCCUACCCCCAGGGACUCACUUACUCUUUGCCCAGACUGGGAAGAUUGAACGCCUCCCUCUGGAGGGAAACACCAUGAAGAAGACAGAAGCCAAGGCCUUUCUCCAUAUCCCUGCAAAAGUCAUCAUUGGACUGGCCUUUGACUGUGUGGACAAGGUGGUUUACUGGACAGACAUCAGUGAGCCUUCCAUUGGGAGAGCCAGCCUACAUGGUGGAGAGCCAACCACCAUCAUUCGACAAGAUCUUGGAAGCCCUGAAGGCAUUGCCCUUGACCAUCUCGGCCGCAACAUCUUCUGGACAGACUCUCAGCUAGAUCGGAUAGAAGUUGCAAGAAUGGAUGGCACACAGCGAAGAGUGCUGUUUGACACGGGUUUGGUGAACCCCAGAGGCAUUGUGACAGACUCCGUAGGAGGGAACCUUUAUUGGACAGAUUGGAACAGAGAAAAUCCCAAAAUUGAAACUUCUUACAUGGAUGGCACCAACCGGAGGAUUCUCGCACAGGACAACUUGGGCCUGCCUAAUGGCCUGACCUUUGAUGCAUUCUCGUCUCAGCUCUGCUGGGUGGAUGCAGGCACCCAUAGAGCAGAAUGCCUGAAUCCGGCUCAGCCCAGCAGUCGCAAGGUUCUCGAAGGGCUCCAGUAUCCUUUCGCUGUGACGAGUUAUGGGAAGAAUUUGUACUACACAGAUUGGAAGACGAAUUCAGUGAUUGCCAUGGACCUCGCUAUAUCCAAAGAGAUGGAUGCCUUCCACCCCCACAAGCAGACCCGGCUAUAUGGCAUCACCAUUGCCCUGUCCCAAUGCCCUCAAGGCCACAACUACUGCUCAGUGAAUAAUGGUGGCUGUACCCACCUCUGCUUGCCCACUCCAGGGAGCAGAACCUGCCGAUGUCCUGACAACACCCUGGGAGUUGACUGCAUUGAACGGAAAUGAUGAAAAGAAUGCCUUGCUCCCUCUCCAAGUAUUUCACAGCAACACUCUACUUGAAAUGACUAAAAAAAAAAAAAAAAAAAAAAAAAAAAAAAAAACCUGACUGAAAAUUAUCCUGCAGUGGAGUGACCACUAGGCCCACGUCUAGCCUAGCCUGAGCCCCCACAACUUCCCCUCAACCUUCCCUGAAACAGUCACCCCGAGCUCAGUAAUGGGCAAGUCUGUACCCCAACAUGAGGGCAGGACCCCCACAUACUUUCUGACCCCACUAUUCAGACAAGAUUAUAGAGUUCUGAAUAAAAAAGCCAAUGUAGUGGUGCAUGCCUGUAACCCUAGCACUUGGGAAGUGGAGGCGGGAAGAUCAGAAGUUCAAGGUAAUCUUGUCUAUGUAGCAGGGUUCAAAGACAGUUUAGAUUGCAUGAUACCCAGUCCCAAAAAGAAAAGAAUUCAGGGUGAAAAUUAUGUGUUCAUUCCAGAGCCAUAGGACCUUUCCCUAAUCUUAGACUCCUCCAUGGUAAGCAGACCUCCGAAGACCUAAUCACAAUAAUUCUCUGUGGUAUCACAAGCUCAUCUGUUACUGUGAGGUGCCUGAGAGCUUGCCAGUUUCUCAACAUAGCAUCCAGGUCCAGCUUAGGCAAGGUUAUGAGUCAUACUUUUUCUCUCAGUACUCUAAUCUCUGUCUCCAUGCUCCCACCUAACUACUCUCCUGCUCUGUACCACCUCCCCCUGUUUAAAACCCUGAUUUUAGUGAGUAUGAUUUACCAUGUGAUCAAAGCCCAAUUGUAUCCUAGGAAUUCACGGUAUUUGGUGGAUGGUAAUAAGCAGCUCCUCCCAGAUUAUAAAAUCCUGGUGUUUCAGCGGUGGCCAUUUAUAGUCAAGUGGGCAAGUCAAAGAAAUGUCCUGUGAGAGGAAUGUCAAGAUGUAGAGUGAGGUUAGGGGAUUAUUAUUUUGAUGUGUCUUGAAUUGUAGCAAAUUCUUCCUCUUUGCCAAAGUACCUGUAUUUACAUCUAGUCUACGAUGGCAUGUGAGUCUUUAGCCCCACUGCUGGUACUGGUUUCCAAGUAUUCUUAUUGGCUAGUCAUCUAAGGGCCCAGGCUAGGGUAGGGCUUGAGCAAAGUAGUGGCCCAUCAUAGUCCCUUAAUUUUAGAAUUGUAUCUUUGUUUCCUCCUCUCUCUAUGUUUUUUUCUGGCUAGAUGUUCAUCUGAAGACCCAACCUGGGAAGAUCUAACUGGGUAUUUCUACUAGUGGUUCAGACCCUUAAUUGCUAACUGGUAUAGUUCAAGGGAUGUUGCUGCCUUCCAAGUAUCUGUCUGUCAUUUGUGUCAAAAAUGUCCUCUGACCAUUUGCAUAACCACUAUUCAUUCUAUCUAUCUAUCUAUCUAUCUAUCUAUCUAUCUAUCUAUCUAUCUCCUUUUUGAACUGCUUCCAAGACACUUAAAGCAAUAGAAAUUUUGGAUUUAAAGUCAAACAUCAGAAGUUCAGUUCAGCACAGUGUAGAGUAAGGGCAUAGACAAGACUCAGUGGGAAUAUGGACGGAGAACAGGAAUGGAAAACUGAAGAGGAAAUUGUGGGGGAAGGGUUUAAAGGCAGCUAAAACUAAAACCCUUAAAUAACUUCGGAGAAAAAUGGCACAUUUUGCAAAAGAAUGCUAGUCCUUGAAGACAUAGAAGACCUUGCCUGAUGCUUCUCUUGGGGAACAGAGCCCCCUAUCUCUUUUCCUUCUAGCUUCAUCAUACUCAGCCUCCAAUCCCAUCUCCUCUUACCUCCAUCUCAACCUGCUUACAUUGGACUGGGAACCUGAAUUGGGAGGGAGUCUUUACUUAAACAAUCAGAAUUUAUAUCACAAGAUUUAGGGGUCAUGUGAAUCUUCUGUGCAGCCUCAUAAGGAGGCCUCAGUUGUUUUUUAGUCAUUUUUAUGAAGCCCACUCUCUCAUGUUCCUCCCAUCUUUUAUAACUUUUAUUCAUUUUACUAGGUUCCUUCUAAAAUGUUUUACAUGAUAAAUUCUUCAACUGUGGAAACCACUGAAGGUGCUUAUUAAUGGUUCUCCAGAUGUACACAAGUAUUGGAUGACUCCUUGAGUUUACAACUGUACAAAUAUUAGUACAGAAAAUUAAAAAAAAACUGUUAAAAAUAAAAUCUUAUUUUGUCUUGUU